CGGAAAUUGUAAAGGUACUCCUUUGAAAAAUGAGUGAGCUUAGAGACUGUAAAGAAAGAAUAAAAGAAUUAUCUAAUGAAAUAAUUAAUCUCGAAGAAGAACUUCUCUGCUUGCAGCGGCAGUUUGAAGUGGAAAGUCAGCAUUGUGCUCCGAUUUUUGCCAUAUCGACCCCUACUCCUAAAGUCGGCUUAGAGAAUUCUUGUGACGUUACCCAUUUUAAUCCAAAUGCACCGCAUCCGGAGAUACUAACUGAGCUCUCUUACACCAGCCGUAAUGCGUUACCUCUGCACUUAUGGAACACAAUAUCUCUCUACGUGAAAAUAAACCCUGACUUGCUGACGGAUCUCACACGAUAGCAAGUGAAUAGAGCUUCUAUGGUUAUAAACUAAUAUAAUAAAGAUUAUUUGCAUUUUGGAA